AACCGUGUCAAGCUCUUCAGGCCACAGUAUUCCUUUUUCCAUAUCCUCUCUUGCUGAUUGGGUAAUAUUCUCAACUGAGUCAGAAUACAGCUUAUUUUAUGAAGCCCCAAAAGUGCUAUAUAAGCAGGGACGCAGAGUAAACAGUAGCAAAAGAACCUAGCUUUGAAAACUGAAACUUAGGUAAAGAAAUCAGAUUCAGAAUGAAAACCAUCUGCCUUAUGCUGUUGUGCACGAUGGCAGCUUAUGCCUUGCCAAUCAUUUCACAAGGAAGGGAGGAAGAAAACUUGGAGCUUGUUCAGAAGUACCUGGAAAAAUAUUACAACUUUACAUCAGAUCAGAAAGUUUUAAGAUGGAAAGGCAACACCUUUAUCAUAAAUAAAAUCAGAGAAAUACAACAAUUUAUGGGACUAGAGGUGACAGGCGAUUUAGAUUCUAAUACCCUGGAGGCGAUUCAGAAACCCAGGUGUGGAAACCCAGAUGUUGGGCAGUUUGCCUUCUUUGCAGGACAACCCAAAUGGGGCAAGAAAGAUCUGACCUACAGAAUUCUGAAUUAUACACCAGACAUGAACGACCUUGAUGUGGACAAAGAGAUUGGGAAAGCGUUUAAAGUUUGGAGCCGGGUUACACCACUGACAUUCACAAGAGUGUCAGAAGGCACUGCAGACAUAAUGAUCGCUUUUGCCAGCAGAGAACAUGGAGAUUUCAACCCCUUUGAUGGUCCUGGCGGCACUGUCGCCCAUGCCUACGCUCCUAGCAGUGGGAUUGGAGGAGAUGCGCAUUUUGAUGAGGAUGAAAACUGGACCAAUGGCUUAGAAGGUUCCAACCUGUUUUUCGUUGCCGCUCACGAAUUUGGCCACUCACUUGGACUCUUCCAUUCUAAAGAUCCUAAUGCAGUGAUGUUCCCAUUCUAUAAGUAUUCCCAGCACAGUCAACAAAUCCUCUCUCAAGAUGAUAUUGAAGGCAUUCAGUACCUCUAUGGACCAUCAUCUAACCCAUCUCAGGACCCAGUGGAAGAUGACAUUCUAAACGAACCAAUCAGGCCAGCCCAACCUGCAUUACCAUCAGCUUGUGAUUCUCAUUUGACUUUUGAUGCUGUCACCCCUUUUCGGGGGGAAUUAAUGUUCUUUAAAGACAAGCAUUUCUGGCGAAAGCACCCUCAGUUCACAGAGAUUGAGUUUAGUUUAAUUUCUGCAUUCUGGUCGUUUUUAACCUCUGGUGUUGAUGCUGUUUCUGAAAAUGAUGAUAAAGAUGUGGUGUUUCUUUUUAAAGGCAACCAGUUCUGGGCUGUGAAAGGUGAGUCCAAGCUUCCUGGCUAUCCCAAGCACAUCCAGAGCUUGGGCUUCCCGAGAGAUGUCAAGCAAAUUGAUGCAGCGUUUUACAGUGCAAAUGAAAAAAGAACAUACUAUUUUUCAUCUGACAGAUUCUGGAGCUAUGAUGAAGCCAGACAAACCAUGGAAAAGAAACCCCAAAAAAUUAGGGACAGCUUCCCAGGUAUUGAGGGGAAAGUUGAUGCUGCCUUUCAGCAAAAUGGAUUAUUUUACUUCUUCAGGGGAAGAAAUCAAUAUGAAUUUGACCCUAAUACCAGGAGAGUUACUCGUAUCAUAAAGGCCAACAGCUGGUUUUCAUGCAGCGAAAAUUAAUCCCUGAAGAUACAAAAAACAACAGUUCAGAAAUAACCAGGACACCUUAUAUUGAAUAUUUAAUAUUAGCACUGGUCCCCUGAUACUGAUUGUUUUAAAAAAUAUCAUGCAUGCAAGUGGUAGCUAAUUAUUAUUAAUGACUAUGACUACACGUGGAGGAGAUCCACACAUGCAACCAGAGCUGUUCUUGAAAUUUCUGUAGCAUCUAUUUGUACUGCUGAACAGUUUCAAACUUGGAAUAUGCCUCAGUUAUUCAUGUUCUGGUUACUGCCAAAUAGUUAGACUACUGUAAUGUGCUAUUUGUGGGGCUGCCUUUGAAGACUGUUUGAAACCUGUAAUUAGCACAGAAUACAGCUGCUAGGUUAAUAACUAGAACUGUGUGUUAAGAUCAUUUUAUACCUGUGUUAAGCCAAUUGCACUGGUUCCCAGUCCAUUUCUGGGUCCUAUUCAAAGUGCUGCUUUUGACCUUUAAAGCCCUUUAUGGCUUAGGAUCAGGAUACUUGAUGGUGCUGCCUGUCUCCAUAUAUGGAGAGCCUCCUACAGGUGCUCUUCCUAUUUGAAUGAGGCAGGUGGGUGCCUUCUCAGUGGUGGUAUCCCGGUUGCAGAAUGUUCUUCUCAGAGAGCAUUGCCUGGAGCCUCUCUUAUUGUCCUUUCGGUGCCAGGCAAAUAUCCUUUUAUUUUCCUGAGCUUUUUAUAUGCAGUUUUAACUCUGUCGACUACUUUAUGCUGCUUAUAUAAUUUGGGGAGUUGAGGGGUUGUAUUUAUUUUAAAAAUUAUUUUAAUCUUUUUGUAAUCCUACCCAAGAACAUGAUUGAAGGGUGGAAUAAAAAUAUAAUGAAUAAAUUCAAGUUCAGCAUUGUAGUUUUAAACUUGUUAUAACUGAUUUUAGAUUUUCAUUUUUUUUCCAUAUGUGUUCUUGUUUUAUUAUGAUGGGUUUUAUUGUAUGUAUUUGUAUUUUUGCUGUACACCGCCCAGAGAGCUAUGCUAGUCGGGCGGUAUAAAAAUCUAAUAAAUAAAUAAAAUAAAUAAAUAGUUAUAUGUGCAUAUGGGGGAGAACAUAUACAGUCGAAGAUGCCUUUGAGUUUUCUCCCGUUGCUGCUCACCAACUCGAUGACUGGUCCAUUUUAGGUACUGUGUAUAUUCCUUUCUUUAUCGUUUGCUGUUGGUUUCAUCCAGAUUUUAUGUAUAUUUUAAUACCUAUUUUAUUUUAUAUGUUUUCAACAUAUUAGUGUUGAAUUUUAUUCUGUAAACUGAGAUCCUUGGAUGGGAAGCAGUCUAUAAAUGGAAUAAUAAAUCUAUAGCUUUGCAAAAGUACAAAAAAAAUAGGGGGAAAAGCCUGAAAGGGAGAAAAACCGCCAAAACCAGCCAAUGAAGACUGAGCAUAUUCGGUGUCCACAGAAUCAGAGACAUGGAAACCUGGGUGGGAGGGGAAAUGGAAGGGAGUAGCCAAAAUCAAGAGCAAUCCAUACUGCAACAUUUUGUCACAUGUCCCAUUUGUUUGCUAUAUAUUAGCAGCUCAUCAAUGGUAGGGCUGGAUUUAGCACAGAUGUUUGUAUGUAUGUCUCAUCAUGUUUGAUCAUUAAUGAAUAAAGUAUUUUUU